AAAUUAUAUUGAGUACAAAGCUUAGGGUGUUAAGCAUUUUCCAAGCCUAUAUAAAACCGUCCAAUCUCAACCUUAUAUAUCUAUCUUAACUUAUUGCAACCAAGUGUUCCGAAAGAAAAUGGCUUUCCGAAGAAAUCCGCCGCCACCUCCACCACCUGAUCCAUUUGCACCACCGCCUCCUCCACCUCCACACCGUGGCCAUCCGCCUCCACCACCACCGCGGCCUGAAUUCUAUCCUCCACCUCCACCGCCACCUUAUUAUCCACCUGGUCCUCCACCCCCACCUUACGCGCCAGGCCCUCCACCGCCUGGUCCUCCUCCACCACCCUACUCAGACCCCUACAGGCCACCACCCCCUUGGGGUCCUCCUCCUCCUCCUCCACGCUACUGAAUACUAAUUAAUAUACCCCCAUCUGGUCUCCGUACGCACGUUGGAUGCAGUAGCAACAACAACUGAUCAAGGCUAUACUACUUCAAGAGAAAGAGGAAUAAAAGGUUCAUGUAUUUUAUUAGCUACCAUCAUGUAGUUCAUGUUUUCAGACCCUGCUUUUUAUUUAUUUAUUUAUUUUUCAUGUUAUCAAUAAUUAUGUAAAUAGCAAGGUUGAUUAGUAUAUAAGGAUCCCGUCCCGUGUAUUUGAGAUCAUUAAUUAUAUGUCGCAAGGUUUUGAUUGUGUAUUUCUUCCAA